GACGUGAUAAAAUACUGCUUCGGUGGGCAACGUGGUAUAAGUGUUCAAGGGCAGGGAUGCCGAAACGUGGGAAAAAGGGAGCGGUGGCAGAAGAUGGGGAAGACCCCAAGACGGAGCCAGAGCCCAAGAAGAGUAAGACGGGAGCAAAGAAAAAUGAAAAAGAAGCAGCAGGAGAGGGCCCUGUUCUAUAUGAGGACCCCCCAGAUAAGAAAACCUCACCCAGUGGCAAAUCUGCCACACUCAAGAUUUGUUCUUGGAAUGUGGAUGGGCUUCGGGCCUGGAUUAAGAAGAAAGGAUUAGAUUGGGUAAAGGAAGAAGCCCCAGAUAUCCUGUGCCUCCAAGAGACCAAAUGUUCCGAGAACAAACUACCCACUGAACUUCAAGACCUGCCUGGACUAUCCCAUCAGUACUGGUCAGCUCCUUCAGACAAGGAGGGGUACAGUGGUGUGGGCUUACUUUCCCGCCAGUGCCCACUCAAAGUUUCUUAUGGCAUUGGUGAGGAAGAACAUGAUCAGGAAGGACGAGUGAUUGUGGCUGAGUUUGACAAGUUUGUGCUGGUAACAGCCUAUGUACCUAAUGCAGGCCGUGGGCUGGUGCGACUGGAGUACAGGCAGCGCUGGGAUGAAGCCUUCCGCAAGUUCUUGAAGGGCUUGACUUCCCAAAAGCCCCUUGUGCUGUGUGGAGAUCUCAAUGUGGCUCAUGAAGAAAUUGACCUUCGCAAUCCCAAGGGAAACAAAAAGAAUGCUGGCUUCACCCCCCAAGAGCGUCAAGGCUUUGGGGAAUUGCUGCAAGCUGUGCCACUGGCUGACAGCUUUCGGCAUCUCUACCCCAACACAGCCUAUGCCUACACCUUUUGGACUUACAUGAUGAAUGCUCGAGCUAAGAAUGUUGGUUGGCGUCUUGACUACUUUUUGUUGUCCCACUCUCUGUUACCAGCAUUGUGUGACAGCAAAAUCCGUUCCAAGGCCCUGGGGAGUGAUCACUGUCCCAUCACCCUAUAUCUAGCACUGUGACACCUCCUCUAGAUCACUUUGGGAAAUAGGUCUCUAAAACUACCAUUCCUUCUUCACUCUCUAGCACUGUGUUUUUCAUCCAUAAGAAUAAUGUAUCUUCCAACCAGGAUCCUAUGACAGAAUUAGGUUUCUUUUAAGCUCAAAAUUUGGUUUCUGUUUUGUGGGUUUUUUUCUUUUUUUUUUUAAAUAACAUUGAACAAAGGCUACUGAUUAUUCCUACUUCUGUUGAGCUAUCCACAUGGAAAAUAAAAAGCCAUAGUUUCAGCCUU